AUUACAUCUGAAGUCUCCUCUGCCCUCAGCACUUCAUACAAGUACAACAGCAACAACAACAAGAGGGCAUCUUCCUCGCUCACAUCUCCUCACCACGGUCGAGGCCGUCAAUCCUCACUCCGAAAUGGGCUUCUUCACCAAUCCUACAUCAUACCGUCUCAAUGCAGUUGCUGGCAACUAUGGCCCUCCCAUCGCCACCACCACGAACUUCUCCUUCCUCUCUAUCCGCAACGAUCAUGAUGCGCAUCCGCCGUUGGGACAUCUCAUCCUCCUCGUUUUCGAGGCGGUGAUGGAGGUCGUGUGUGUUAGUUUGCCGGGCUAUAUUGUCGCAAGACAGGGCAUGUUCGAUGCAGACAAGCAGAAGUUUGUGGCGAACUUGAACGUCGCUCUUUUUACACCAUGUCUGAGUAUGUGCGAUAAAGGAUAUGGUAGCAAGAAUAAAAUGCUGACUAGAUUUAGUUUUUACGAAAUUGGCUAAGCAAUUGACUGCGGAGAAGUUGGUGGAACUCGCCGUCAUUCCAGUCAUUUUCGUAGUUCAGACAUUAGUCUCAUAUUUGGUCUCAGUGGCUGUUUCCAAAGGAUUUGGAUUCAAGAAGCGACCUGCAAACUUUGUGACUGCUAUGGGUGUGUUCGGAAACUCGAAUUCUCUCCCAAUCUCGCUCGUUAUAUCACUCGCCCAGACACUUCGCGGAUUACAUUGGGACAAGAUUCCAGGGGAUAACGAUGAUGAAGUGGCGGCACGAGGCAUUCUCUAUUUGCUAGUCUUUCAACAGCUAGGACAGCUCGUUCGAUGGAGUUGGGGAUACCACGUCCUGCUUGCACCACCAGAGAGUUACGAAGAGGAAAACUCCGACAUCGAGGGAGGCAGAUACAGAGAUGAACCGGAAUUGAUUCCUGGCCUUGAUGGCAGCGCGCCGGAGGAGUAUCAAGUACUGAAUGGCCAUGGCUCUUCCUCGACUGUGUCAUUUGAGUCUGGAGGUAGAACUCCCGUCACACAUGCCCAUUUUGCCGACUCGGAUGACGACGAGGAUACCAAAAAUGACAUGAAAAAGAACGUACAACCUACGCCUACAAAUGGAAAUGCUUUCCCUCACGUGUCGAACGGCAACAUCACUUCCUUCCCAAGCAUUCGCACUCCCACUCCAGGUGACGAUUGGGAGAUUCCAGAUGGCGUCAGAGGAAUCAUUCCUACGAUUCAGCUGAAGUCAAGACGUGGUAUCUUCCAUGUUACCCACGGCAUCAAGAAGACCUCUCAGAAAGCUUUUGGAGCUCUCCCCACCCCAGCUCAGAAUGUGCUUGCAAAGGUCUACUCUGUGCUCGGCAACUUCUUCGCUGGACUUUGGGAAUUCAUGAACCCACCUCUAUGGGCCAUGCUCCUCGCUAUUAUCGUAGCCUCGAUUCCCAACCUUCAACGUCUUUUCUUCGAAGAUGGUUCCUUCAUCGCCAACUCUGUCACACGAGCUAUUGGUCAAUCAGGAGGCGUUGCAGUUCCUCUCAUUCUAGUGGUGUUGGGCGCCAACCUCGCACGCAACACUCUCCCCAAGGAAUCUCUUGACCCAGAUUCCGAGGAAAACCAAAUCGGAACCAAACUUAUGAUCGCAUCUCUCAUCUCGCGAAUGUUAUUGCCAACCAUUAUCAUGGCUCCUCUCCUCGCUCUCGCAGCAAAAUACGUCCCAGUCAGCAUCCUGGACGAUCCAAUUUUCGUCAUCGUUUGCUUCUUGCUUACUGGUGCACCAAGCGCUCUGCAGUUGGCACAGAUCUGCCAAAUCAACGGUGUCUACGAGGGCGUGAUGAGCAAAUUGCUCUUCCAGAGCUACGUUAUCUGGAUUCUACCCUCAACGCUCAUCCUCGUCAUGUGUGCCCUCGAGGUUGUCGAAUGGGCAGCUUGAAGCUUGUUCAUUAACCUUUAAAACUCGUCCUCACCUCAUGGACAUCUAGCUCCUUGACAACCUGUAUCUUCUAUUUUGAUAUUAGGCUUGUCUCGACCCGCGCAAGGCUUGCCACCAAUGUAUCUAUAGUCCGUCUCCUUACCUUUUCAUGUUCCGGGACGGGACAAAAAUAUUGUCCGAUUUUGGUUCUUUUUUUCGAAGUACACAGUCGUUUGGACUGGACUACAGUAGCAUGGCGUUGCGGCUGAAUUUUGGGAAUGAAGGUCUUGAUACCGAUACAGUUACUCCUUAGCAGGAUUACGGCUUCCGCAGUGAGUAAACAGAAAAAUGCGAAUACUGUAUAUGACAUUGAACUCUCCUGGAUACUUGGUUGUGAUUGUAGCUGACGUGGAAUUUUACUUGUGAAUUUGAAAGAAUUAGCGAACUACUGCGUCACCAGACAAAAAAUGUUUGUUUUCAAAUCGUAGCCAAGCUAUUCCUUGAAUGUUACAACAGCGACUGAUACUCUAUUAAGUCCUCAAGCAGCCAGUCCAUCAGCCAUUCCACAGACACGAGGCUACCACAAAGACUAUUAGCAGCAACUCGAUGGUGACUGAAUCCCGCUUCACUCUCACCACCAUACCUGUCCUCCAUUCAACACCCAACCCAAACCCCAAGCUCAAACCCUCCUGCCACCAAACCCCCAAAUCUUAACCA